GUAUUGGUACAAGUUCUGUUAAAUAGAACGGUAGAAUUUAAUGUUGUUCUUGUAUAUGUGUCAGAAAUUACUGAAAUAAAAAAAUAUAUUCAGUGAGAAUAAGUGAUAUGUAUAACGUAAGUCAAAUAACCUAAUGUAUUCUUAUUUCUUAUUGAACAGUGUAUCAUUUGUUACAAUACUAACAUGGCUGGUGACAAAGUAAUCGGUAGUUCAUCAGUCGUAAAUAGAGAAAAAGUACACCAGGGUGGUGCUUAUAAUGUAAACCUAAAUUUGGAAGAUGAAUUUACCGAAUCCAUCGAGUACAUCCCUUGUCCUGAAUUUCAAUUUUCGACAGUAACUUGUUGUUUCUGUAAUGGAUAUUAUGGGCCAUGUUUUGGAGAACCAGUUUGUGCAACAUGUCACGCAUUUUUAUUUCCUAAUGAUGUCGGUCUUCUACAAGUUCCCAUUUUCAGUGAAAAAACAGAUGAUGAAGAUUCAGGAAAUGAUGAACCAACAGAACUCUAUUAUAAUCAUGAAAGAAGAGCCAGUCAACAACAACAAAAUUCACCACAGAAUGCAAACUCAAAUGUACCAAACAUAUCACAUAUUUCUAAUCCUAGCUCUCAUAUAUCUCAACGUAUUCACUUGCAAAAUGACAAUAUUUCAGCCACACAGAAGGUACAUUAUGGUAUAAAUCCAUAUAACCCAAAAAGUGUAGUUGCUAUUUCUCAGAAUGUGCCCCUUGUACAUGAUAAUCACUCUGGUAAUGUACAAAAUAUGAUAAAUGGAAAUAAUGAUAAUCGAAAUGAAAAUUGUAAAGAAAAAGUUUCUACAUUUAAUUCUCAAUGCACAGCAGAAAAGAAGCUACACGGCAUAGUUCCAUUUCCGAAAGUUAAAGAAUUAGAAAAUUAUCAGCAUUAUCAAUGGAAUUACAAAGCACAUGAUGAUGUAGGAGAGCCUUCAAGAUCGUACAGUUUAUCCGAACGAUUAGAAAUGUUAACAAAUUACAAACACGUUGAACAUGAAUCUGUUUCUGAACCAAGCUUGGUGGAAAGGUUACCACCAGAAGUGUUGUUAGUUGUUUUCUCUCAUUUGGAUGAUGUUAGCCUUUGGUCGGCUGCAAAUGUUUGCCGCAGAUGGUGCGGUUUGUUAUCCACCCAUGUAACACCACAACAAUGGCAACAAAAUGUUAAACUACGAUGGCCUUUGUAUAAACCCAUUGGUUCUGUCAAAAAUUGGUAUAAAGUGUAUGACUUUUUGGCUUCUUCGGCACCUUGUAGAACAUGUUUGGCACAAACCUGUCUUAGAUCACGAUCUCCGAGAAUCCAAGAAAAUUCUUGGAGAAGAAACCGACUUCAUAGUGAACUUAAGAGCUUGAGAAUAGAUCCUCCCGAGGGUAUCGAAGCGACACCCUUAGAUCAAAUGUGUUGCCAUUGGCAAGCUACAAUUACUGGGCCUGUAGGAAGUCCAUACGAAGGAGGCUUGUUUUAUCUUUAUCUACAAGUACCAUGCAGUUAUCCCCUGUAUCCACCAAUAGUAAGGUUUCUUACAAAGAUACUUCAUCCAAACGUUUCUAGGCAUGGUGACGUUGGUAUAGACUCGAUACAUCAUAACUGGUCGUUAGCGUUGACAAUUUCAAAGGUAUUAAUUAGUGUUCAAAGCUUGCUUACGGACCCAUAUUGUCAGGUUUGUAUGGAACCAGAAUUGGGUGAAAUGUAUUUAAAUGAUCGUGAGAGAUUCGACGAAAUUGCCAGGGCAUGGACAUGGAGAUAUGCUAUGCAUGAUGUUGUCACACCAUCAUAAAGAAAUACAAAUAAAUUAUUUCGUACAUACAUAUGUAUUAUUCUAUUAUCUUUUUGUUUAAUAUUUAUUAAAUGAAACUCGGUAAUUGUUAAGCUUUGUAGCAGUAAAUUGUUUUUCCGACAGUAGGUGCAAGUGGAUAAAGAGUAAUUAACAAAACUAUGCUAUAUCAUUAUCUUUUAUAGAAUCUUACAUAAAAUUGUUAAUUAAAA